GCAACAGGAGGACCUCCUGAUGAAGGUCAUGUCGAAGGCGGUAGCGAGUAUGACACUGACUAUCGCAGUGCUGUCGAUUACAACAGAGGUGCUAGGGAUGGUGGUUACGGUUAUGAGGGUGGUGAUCAUUAUGCCGCGGAUGACUAUGGCAGAGGCCCUCCUAAAGACGAUUAUAGAUCUCCAAGAGAAGAUUUCAAAAAUCCAAGGGUAGAUUAUGGUGCUGUACCAGGACCAACGUCUGACGAAUACGCUAGAGAUGACCAAGACUCUUAUGCUCGGGGAAGAGGUGAUUAUGAUAACCGCGGUAUGCCUCCUUAUGAUAACUACUCGAGAGGAAUGCCUCCUCGUGGUGAUGAUUACCCAAGAGUAUCUCGCUUCGAUCGUCCACCUGACGAUCGAAUCCCCGAAAGAGGGCCGAACGAUAAUUAUGGGGCUCCAGCUUACAAUGGAAAUGGCAUGGGUUCGAAUUCAUCAGCCUUGAAUUCUUCUGCUGCUGCUGUUGCCAAUAAGAUAGGAGCGAAAACACGGAUCAUCCAUCCUGAUGACCAUCAGACCAUGUCUCUGGUGAGCUUUUUUGGACAGCGUCAGCUUACGCGCGGGGAAUUUGCAUCCUGGCUUGAUGGUCACUAA